AUGAACGUUGAAGCUCAAGCAGAGGCGGUCUCGCUUCGCGCUCUUGAACGUGAUGAAGUCAACGAGCACAAAUACGUCGGUCUCGCUCACGCGCAACGUCACGUGACUUGUGGCGAUGAGAGGGUGGUUCACUGUGCUGCCGAACGCCGACCGGAUGUCGCGGCAAAGAAUGUCGAAGCGACCUGGACGUUGAACGGCGCCGUGCCCGCAACGUUGGCACGCCUUUCAUCUACCAAAGAGCAUAGCUUCACGCUAAUCUACAUAUCUACUGACUAUGUGUUUGAUGGAACUGCUGCGCCUUACAGCGUUGAUGCAAAACCUAACCCUGUUAAUCUAUACGGGGAGACCAAAUUGGCCGGGGAAAGGGCAGUGUUGGAUGAUGGCUACCAGGGGAAACCAGGGCAACGCGUAGUUCUUCGGGUGCCGGUCCUAUAUGGUCCAGCGCCAAAGAAUUCAGACUCCGCGAUUAACAUCCUUGUUGAUAUAGUCAAUGACCAAUCCGGCAAACAAUAUACUAUGGACCAUUACGCAACUCGUUACCCAACUAACGUCCUUGACAUUGCCGAUUUCUUGGUCCGUUUGGCAGUGCUAGAUAAGCCGCUGCCCUCAAUCCUGCAUUACAGCGGCACUGAGCCAUAUACCAAAUACGAAAUUUGCCUUGUCUUGGCGAAGAUCUUGAAUGUCCCCCAUAAUCACAUCACUCCAGAUGCAGCUGAUCCUCCCCCUAACCUAGCCAUAUCUAGGCCAAAGAAUACCCAACUCAGCCUAGAAAUUCUUGAUAAUAUUGGAGUUGAGGUCGGAGGGCGUGACUUUGCAAUUUGGUGGGAGCAAUAUCUGCUCUCGAAGAACUGA